AUGGCUCAAGGUGUAUGUGAGCUAUUAUGGAUUAGACUACUUUUGAGGGAUUUGGGGAUUCAUCAGACAGAUUCUAUACGGCUAUACUGUGACAAUACGAUGGCCAUUAAUAUAGCUCACAAUCCAGUUCAGCAUGACCGGACCAAGCAUGUGGAGAUUGAUGGACAUUUUAUCAAGGAAAAGUUCACUAGUGGCACUAUAUGUACUCCAUUCGUGAGGUCUGGGGACCAAUUGGCUGAUGUUCUCACCAAAGGAUUAGGGAAUAAACCAUUCCGUGACAUUCUUAACAAGCUGGGGGCUUUUGAUGAAGAAGAAUCUGCAGCAAGAGCAUAUGAUUUAGCUGCAAUCAAAUAUUGGGGUCCUACAACUUUUACAAAUUUCCCGGUGCCUGAGUAUGAGAAAGAGAUUGAGAUAAUGCAGAAUUUAACAAAAGAGGAGUACUUGGCGUCGUUGAGAAGAAGAAGCAGUGGUUUCUCAAGAGGUGUAUCCAAGUACAGAGGAGUCGCGAGGCACCAUCACAAUGGUAGAUGGGAAGCUAGGAUUGGGAGGGUGUUUGGAAACAAAUAUCUCUACCUUGGCACUUACAGUACCCAAGAGGAGGCUGCACAUGCUUAUGACAUUGCAGCAAUCGAAUACAGAGGGAUAAACGCAGUGACCAACUUCGACUUAAGCACAUACAUUAGGUGGCUAAGGCCUGGAGGCAACUCAGUUGCCCUUCAGGAACCAGUACAAAAGUUGGAGCCUCCGCUUGCCAACUCCUCGACUAAUUUCAUGUCGAGUCAGGAACCACCCGAGUUCACCUUCCGCUCCAGCCCUUACAAAUUGGGAGACACAGGCAACAACAUGCCCCGAAAACAGGAACUUUUGGAGACAAAGAUGCCCAUUAGUCCUUGCAACACGUCGGCUUCCCCAACUGCACUCGGACUCCUCCUCAGGUCUUCCAUGUUUAGAGAACUGGUGGAGAAGAACUCGAAUGUCAUUGCUGACGAUGACACUGACAACCAGAAUAAGGCGAAGAAAGAGCCAGGGAUAGGCGGCAGUGACGACUUGAGAGGGAUGUUUUACAGCAAUAUUGGCAGUAAUCCAUAUGGAUGCUCUACUAGGAGUGAAACAUUGCAGACUCAGGAGGCGGAGAACACAUUGCCAUUGUAUAACAACAAUAAAACAGGGCAGUCCCUGUGGAAUGUUGCCUUUAAUUUGCCUUCUAACUAGUGAUUGUAAUUGCUUCAAAAAGUUGAUAUGAUUGGUACAGAAAUCUGACUAAAAGUUUGUAGAUGUGAACUAACCUGCCUUGAAGUGGACCUGGUCUGAAAUAAACUGGUCUGCUGCAAACUUGCAGUUUGUUGUAUUCCAAGAGGAGAGACUUCUUUCAUUCUAUAAUAAUACGGAGAGACAUAUUUCA